CUUCCUGUUACAUUCUCAGUCUCUGUCUGUCUUAUAGAAAUAGCAUGUUCACUAUUAAUCAGCCAAUAGACAGCAUUCUGACCUCUGCCCUGUGACUUCCUGAUCCUCCUCCUUUGAUAAAUAUAAGGACAGGCCAUGGAAUCAGGGAACUGUGAACUCAAAAUUCAUUUCUCAGAACAGAUCUGCCUGCUCACGGGGAAGAUGAAGGUCUCCGCAGCUGCCCUCUCUUUCCUCAUUCUCGUUGCUGCCCUUGGAUCCCAGGCCCAGGUCAUACCCGAUCCAGAAACAAGAGACCUUUUGGAGAAAGAGCAUAAGUUUCAACCUCCACUAGAUAAUAAGCUCUUUCACUCUCCUGCUGAUUGCUGCUUCUCAUAUACUCCACGAAGAAUCCGGUGUACAUUCAUGAAAGGUUAUUUUGAAACGAGCAGUGGGUGCUCUCAGCCAGGUGUCAUCUUUCUCACCAACAAGGGGCAACGUGUCUGUGCCAAACCCGAUGAUCCAUCAGUUCAAGAGUGCAUACAAAUACUGAAGCACUAACCAUCAUCCUUGGAUUCAGGAAUUAUGAAACUUGCAUAAGAAGAAAGCAGAGAAUGGCCAGCCCUCCCACCCCCAACUCUCUUGCCCCAGCACCUCCUAGGAAUUUUUUUGCCUGAACUGUUUUUUAAAGAAAUUUACUGUUCUGCUCUGGUUGUAAAAGUAAUGCAUCUAAUGAAGAGUAUUCAAUUUCACUUUGCUUGGAUUUUCAGAGGAAAUAAACUAAAAUAAAACUGAAAGAACUUCUGAACCCCAAAGAAAUUAAAAGCAAGUUCUCAUGUCUCAGCUCCUCUCUUCUGAACUGGCUAAUCUUUGAAGGUUUGGUUACAAUCUUCUCCAUCACUUGCUCAAAUCACAGUACAUUUUUACUUAAUAUCUGACCCACAGUAAUCUUUUGAAAGAUUCUUGUUUAUUCCAUAAUAUUCUCCUAUUUACCAAAAGAGAGAUUCUAGUCUUUGUUUCAUUAUUCUUGACUCGCACCUGCAGAUUCACACCAUUCAUGAUUUCCUGGCAACGACUUCAUUCUAGGAAACAUUCCUCAAGAACAUUCUAACUUCCUAUUCCAGUCUGCAGAGAUGAUUCUGGACCUGCCAAAAAAAAAAAAAAAAUAGUCAUACUGGGAUUUUUUUUUCUCACCACACUCCUGAGUUCAUUAUCUUGUGACAAAUGACCCACAGCUUCCCUCUUCCUUGAAUUUUUCAUCUUGCUAGAGUAUAUCCUCCAACUGCCUCCUACAGGAAAAGAUGACAAGGCAAACACUCUUCCUUGCCUCCUGGGGUCGACCAGGGCAGCAAAUCUGACCAUUCUGAUGCUCCCUUCCAGUAUUGCAGAGAAGUAGGAAAAAAUAAAUAAAAAAGGAAUCCACCUAGGGGACAGUGGUCAUGGCAGCAGAUUCCAGAGGUGGUGGUACUAGCACACAUGUUCAUGACCAGUUCUGGAGGUUGGCCUCGCCAGCUUCAGUGCCCAGCCGGGGCGUCAGUAUCCACACCACUGGCUCCUGGUGCAUGAUUUUGGCUGUGGCAUUCAAGCUGGUCUCUUUAGGUCUCUACCCGUUUUUCAAGCUUUCUUGACAUUUCUUUGCCCUACUCAAGACCGAUGUGAUCCUACAAUAUGUAUAAUCAGAAAAAUGAGAGAUUACACUCCAGUUAUGUAUGAUCUACCAAAAUGUAUAAAUGCAUUCUAUUGUGUAAAACUAUAGAACAAAUAAA